GAGUCUGAUGAGAUCACAUCUGGCUUUAAAAAACGCCUAGCCUUCGGACUUUUGGUGGCUUACUUAGGUAUCGAUCUGGUCCAUAUGCAAGGUUCGUUUGUCUCACCAGCGACGAACAUCCUCGGUUGCACCAACGCCUUUCAGCUCUGCAAACUUUCUGCCUUGGCUGCGCCUGGUUUCUGCCGUAGUCUUUUAACCUUGAUGACAGGGAAUUCUACUUUCUUCGUCGGCGCCAAUUCGGAACGACAAGGGGACCUAGUAGAGCGUACUGAGUCCUGCGUCCUCUGCUAUUGCAUUCAUGUUGAUUUUCCUUGUCAGCCCAUUGACUUGGUACUUUCUCAGACGUUUCACCUACAUCUUAUUCGGCAGCAUCAGUGA